GACUUCUCUCUCCCCGGGUCCCCGGUGCCCCCGCCUCCCACGCUCCUUCCAUUGGAAGCAGCUGGUCCCAGCGGGCUGGCAGCUUGCGCCCCUUUCCGGUCCUCCGCCCUGAAGAGCGACCAUGCUGUUAGGGGGCAUCCUCCUGGCAGUGAAAGCCCUGCAGCUUGCCGGUGCCUUGGACCAGCCCGCUGGCUCCUGCGCCUUUGAAGAGAAUACCUGUGGCUUCGACUCUGUGUCUGCGUCCCUGCCGUGGAUUUUAAAUGAGGAAGGCCAUUACAUUUAUGUGGACACCUCCUUUGCCAAGCAGGGAGAGAAAGCCCUGCUGCUAAGCUCUGACUUACAGGCUGAGGAAUGGAGCUGCCUCCGACUGGUCUACCAGAUAACCAUGUCUUCAGGGUCUCCAUCAGAUCCCAGUCGGCUGAAUCUCUACUUGAGAUUUGAAGAUGAAAGCUUUGAUCGCUUGCUUUGGUCAACUAAUGAACCUUCGGACAGCUGGCUCAUAGCAAGCCUGGAUUUGCAAAACAGUUCGAAGAAAUUCAAGAUUUUAAUAGAAGGUGUGCUGGGACAGGGAAACACAACCAGCAUUGCACUUUUUGAAGUCAAGAUGACAACCGGCUACUGUAUUGAAUGUGAUUUUGAAGAAAAUCAUCUCUGUGGCUAUGUGAACCACUGGAACCCCAAUGUGAACUGGUUUGUUGGAGGAGGAACCAGUCAGAAUUCCCACUCCAUUCUCCCGCAGGACCACACCUUCAAGAACGAACUGGGCCACUACAUGUAUGUGGACUCGGUUUACAUCAAGCACUUCCAGGAGGUGGCGCAGCUCAUCUCCCCGAUGACCACGGCCCCAAUGUCUGGCUGCCUGUCAUUUUAUUACCAGCUCCAGCAGGGCAAUGACAACGUCUUCUCUCUUUAUACUCGGGAUGUGGCCGGUGUUUAUGAGGAGAUAUGGAAAACCAACGCUCCAGAGAAUCCUGCCUGGAACCUCGCCGAAGUGGAGUUCAACGCUCCGUACCCCAUGGAGAUUAUUUUUGAAGUUGCUUUCAAUGGUCCCAAAGGAGGAUAUGUUGCCUUGGAUGAUAUUUCUUUCUCUCCUGUUUACUGCCAAAAUCAGACAGAGUUUCCUUUCAAUGCCUUGGCAGCAAGCUGCAAUUUUGAGGACGGUCUCUGCAACUUUUACCAAGAUAAAGAAGGUCCGGGUUGGACCCGAGUAAAAGUAAAGCCAAACAUGUAUCGGGCUGGUGACCACACUUCCGGCUUAGGAUAUUUUUUGCUGGCCAACACAAAGUUUACAUCUCAGCCUGGCUACAUUGGAAGGCUCUAUGGUACCACCUUGCCGGGAAACUUGCAGUAUUGCCUACGUUUUUAUUACGCUAUCUAUGGGUUUUUAAAAAUGAGUGACACCCUAGCCGUUUAUAUCUUUGAAGAGAACCACGUGGUUCAAGAGAAGAUCUGGUCCGUGCUGGAGUCCCCAAGGGGUGUUUGGAUGCAAGUGGAAAUAUCCUUUAAAAAGCCCAUGCCUACCAAGGUGGUUUUCAUGAGCCUAUGCAAAAGCUUCUGGGACUGUGGACUUGUAGCCCUGGAUGACAUUACAGUAGAAUUGGGAAGCUGCUGGUCUCCAGAAAAGCUUUCACCUGCACCUGGAGAGUGCACUUUUGAACAAGAUGAAUGUGCAUUUACUCAGGAGAGAAGGAACCGGAGCAGCUGGCAUAGGAGGAGAGGAGAAACUCCCACCUCCUACACAGGACCAAAGGGAGAUCACACUACUGGGGUAGGCUACUACAUGUACAUUGAGGCCUCUCAUAUGGUAUAUGGACAAAAAGCGCACCUCUUAUCUGGGCCUCUGCGAGGAGCCACCGGGAGACACUGCUUGACCUUUUUCUACCACAUGUAUGGAGCAGGGACUGGCCUGCUGAGUGUGUAUUUGAAAAAAGAAGGUGACAGAGAAGAAUUCCUCUUAUGGAGAAGAAGAGGUGAACAGAGCAUUUCCUGGCUGCAAGCACAGAUUGAAUACAGCUGUGAGAGGAAACACCAGUUAAUUUUUGAAGCCAUUCGGGGAAUGUCGAUAAGAAGUGAUAUUGCCAUUGAUGAUGUUAAAUUUCAAGCAGGACGCUGUGAAGAAAUAGAAGAUAUAACUCAGCAAUCAUCAGGAUACUCUGAAGAUUUAAAUGAAAUUGAGUAUUAGGAAAUGACCCGAAUUGGAUUAACUAAACAAAAGCCAUACCUCUUCAAUCAAAAUGAAAAAAAAGAAAACAAAUGAAUACUGGACAACCUUAACUAUUGAAUAAGUUAUGAAAUAACUUCAGAGCACUCUUCUUCAUUACUUUUGCAACAAAUACUGACUCAGGGCUUUUUUUUUUUUUUUUUCAUAUGACAACUGUCUCUAGAAGUACAGGCUGCUGGUUUUGCAUAGAUCAUUCACCUUAAUUUUGGUACCAGGUCAAAAUACAAAUGUACUAUAUAAUAGUCAUUUUUAAAGUACACAGAUAAAGGGCACAGUCAAAAUGAGAUGUGCUCACUUAAAUCUGCAUUCAGUGAAUGUAUAGGGAGGAGAAUAAGACUAUGGGUUUCAUUUUGAACUUCAAAUAUCAUAAAUAUUUUUAAAAAAUAAUGUGGGGUGUCAGUAAUAUCUGCAAAAUGAAUGCAGUUUUUAUGGU